CAGAUCGACUCUUGAUGUGUGCUACUACUAGUUCGUAACUACACGCGCACGAGAGCGUGCAACUUGCCAUACAUUCGACAUGCCUGAGCGACUCUGCCUCACUGACUGAGGUGACGAAGUCGCACUGACACCGGCGGAGAAGACCUGUAUUGAUAACGUCCAUAUUUACAUCAUUUCAGUUUUUACAGAAAACCAUGGGUAUUAACCAUGCUGACGUCAUCAGUUUCGGGGUGUUGGUGGUCCUGUCCGGCUGUGGAGUUACACUGGGUCAGAACAUUACGUAUGUGGGAUUUAACAUAACGACGGCCAUCCCCAACUCACUGAGCGGACAGAAGACCGUGCUCCUGUCCGGAGUUGACCUCCCAAGCGGCUGGUUGAUCGGAUUUCUGGUAACCACGGACGCCAACUGUGCUUUCUUUCUGCAGCUAUGGACACGUGUCAGCCCACAGAACCACACCCUCAUCUUCACCACCGCCAGACAGUCAUUCCUCACAGACGGGCAACAACAGGUAGAUCUGGGACUCGGAAACGCCAUCAAUCUGACAGGGUCAGAGAUCAUGGGGUUCACGGCCACAAACCUCCAGGAGUGCGUGUCCUUCAACUUUGUCACCAACCCGCUGUCCUCCACAAUGACCUACCUGUUUAGUCAGUCUCCAACGGUGGGCAACACCUAUGAGUUUGUACCGUACCAGGACACCAACCACUACGGGAUCGUGGCGAUCAUACAGGAUGCACAGCCGUCCACCAUUGCUUACUUCGGAUUUAACACGACCGGAGGUGAUGUGCUGCUGCCAACCGGAGGUCUGAUCGGAAUCAUGUUACGUGAUGUAGCUCCCCUGAUGUUUGGACGCCUCGUUGCUUUCUACGUGAACAUAUUAGGAAAUGACUGCCAGGUCUACUUCCAACUUUGGAAAGUUGUUGACGCAUCAACUAUGAAGUAUAGAAUGAAGUACACUACAGAGAUACAGAAUUUUACAGCGACCGGGUACUACAAGGUAGAUGUCUCGAACUACUUGGUGGCGGCCACCAAUGACCGUAUCGUAUUUGUAGACGUGUCUCCGACGCCGUGUGUGGAAUUUGAGUACACAAGCAACACCACGAGGUUUUCUUCAUCCAGUUCCUUCGUCUUCCUAUCCAGAAUAGCUAGCGAGGGAACGGAGGUUGUGUUCAGACUUUUCCAACGCACACACAGAUUCUCUGUUAUGGUGGAAAUUGAUGGGGUUUUACCUCCAUCCGCAACUGGGGUGACAGGGGACAGGGGAUCCCAGGGGAACACAGGCCCCGAGGGAGUUACCGGACUGCUCGGACAAACAGGUGUGGCCGGAAAUUUUGGCUCAAUCGGAAAUACUGGACCACUAGGAACUGUCGGAGUGCAAGGAGUGACAGGUGCUGCAGGACCAGUGGGCUCAACUGGACCAGCUGGCUUCAAAGGCAACAUCGGGCCCCAGGGACCUGUUGGAAUAAACGGGGAAAGGGGCGUCACAGGCAUAGUUGGGCCCCAGGAAGCUCAGGGACCUACCGGUGUACAGGGGUCGCUAGGAACCCACGGCAGUCCGGGAGGGGUGGGUGACAGGGGAGAACAGGGGGCCGUUGGCAGUACAGGAUUGGACGGACUUCCAGGAAGCAAUGGUGUGGUAGGCCUAACAGGUCUGACAGGACAGAAGGGACCACUUGGGGAUGAAGGUGAAAGGGGAUCACUAGGAACUGUAGGUCAAAAUGGUGUUGUAGGAUCUACAGGAAUACAAGGGCCCGCAUGGGACCCGUUUGAUGUGAACUACUGCGCCCUCCACACGGCAGACUGUGACCACGGCUGUACCAACAGUCCCCUUGGGUACACGUGUACCUGCCGGAAGGGCUAUAUUUUACGUAGUAACGGCAACUGUCCAGACAUUGACGAGUGUGUUACGAAAAACGGUGGCUGCCAGUAUUUUUGCCAGAAUACUGCCGGAAGUUACGUAUGUUCCUGUCCCCAGGGAUACAUGCUGGCAAACGAUGAAAAUAGAUGUGAUGAUAUCAACGAAUGUCUUGUAAAUAAUGGCGACUGUUUUACUGACCAGAUAUGCAUCAACACGUGGGACGGUCACGUGUGUGUAGGUCCGUACACGGCUACUGUAACGGGCUUAAUCUCUACUGAAGACAUGCUGACCCCCUCCAUGUUUGUGGGUUUAAUCAUCUGGAUGGCUGUUGUCACAUUUAUCAUCAUUUUGGGGGUGAUCACGCUACUUCCGGAACUUAACCGCCUGGCCCAUCACUUGGAAGCGCCACCGUCCUCGCCCCCGUCCGUCGUAAUGGAGGACCCCUCGCCAGACUACUUUUUUCCUGCUUAUUUUCCACGCGUACGCCUGGGGUUCAGGGACUAUUAUAGCAACGCUCGGUCGGAGACCAACGAGAAACGCCUUCGUCUGAAUUAAAAAAUCCAAAAAUU